AUGAAGAUUAUCAUCAUCGGAGCUGGAAUCGCAGGCUGCACAAUCUACCUUGAACUGCGGAAGCAUCUUCCCAAACCACCCUCUGGAGAAGCGCACAAAAUCACAAUCUACGAGGCGUACGACACAAAUAUUGACACUACUGCUGAUGAUCGCGGCAAUGGUCCAACCUAUUCCUCCACCCUCAUUGUGGGCGGCGGUCUGGGGGUUGCUGCCAACGGACUCAACGUCAUCAAGCGGCUGGAUGAGAACAUGCUGCGUGAAAUCGUCCGCGGCGGAUAUAGCUGUGCCACGAUGAACAUGAAGAGCAAAAAUGGCAGAGUUCUAGCACGGAUGCAGCCCGCCGGUAAGCCAGCUUUAGAUGGAAAGGGACAAGGGACCAUGAAUACCGUUGCGUGUAGUCGCCAUGGGCUGUGGCGGGAACUUCGUAAGAGGGUCCCGGACGACGAUAUUGUCACAAGGAGAGUUUCUGAAGUGGUCGCAAGGUCUGAUGGCCUUAAUGUGGUGAGUUUCGUCGAUGGGAGUCCUUCUGCGGAGGCAGAUCUAGUCAUCGGCGCCGAUGGGCUCAAGGGCCUGGCCAAGAAGGCAUUGUUUCCGGGUGAAAAGACAGAUCCAUUCCCCCCGCAUUAUGAGGGUCUUUGCGGAGUUGGUGGCUUCGCCCCUUACUCGCUCGUCAAAGGUCACGUUGAGAUUGGAUCGAUGAACUUUGUCAUGGGCGGCAACGGUUUCUUUGGGUAUUUCAUCGCAGAGAGCGCACUCGACGCACCCCAUCGCGACUCUCCUUAUCAUGUUUCACCACCAGGCGAGAGCGUCGGUUGGUGGUCAACAUAUUCUGUCGACGAGUGUCCCGAUCCAAAGUCGGUGGACAAGGAAGACAUACUCAAACAGCUGCGCGAGCGUCACAAGAACUGGAAAGACCCUGUUAUAUGCAAAGUCCUUGAGACUUCAAAGGUGACGAGCAUGUAUCCUACGUGGAUCGUGCCUCCGCUGCCAACGUGGGAGCGGGACGGCGUCGUCUUGGUAGGGGAUGCUGCGCAUGCGCUGCCCCCUACCUCCGGCCAAGGCAGCUCCCAAGCGCUGGAAGACGUCGAGUGCUUCUCUCUCUUUCUCGGCCACCACUUGGGCAAAGCCUAUGAGUCUGGUGGGCAUGAUCCCACGGACUACAAAGAGGUCAUCAGGGCGGCAGCGAAACAAUACAUGGAUCUCCGCCAGCCUCACGUAAAGAGGAUUCUCGAUCACGCUCAACAGUCACAGAACCGCAAGCGCGACAAGACGGUCAUCGAGGAAUACAUCAUGUACGCCUUUAUGUGGAUGAUAGGGUGGUUCCCAAACGUAAUGACGAAGCCGUUGAAACAGCUGGUGGAAUACGAUAUUGCUUCCGAGGUAUACAAGGUGUUACAUGUCAAGUCAUAA